AAAAAUUGAGUGACACUUGAGAAAACUUUAAGAUUAUAAUAGGGGACGUGUAAAUAACAUUAUCAGCAGGAUUGCUUUUUGUGAAAAAUCGGUCAAGAGAAGAAGUGGCAAUCAAAGCAGCUGAAAUGUACUCUAUAGUUAAAUUUGCAUUUCUGUUUGUAGCAGUUCAAUCAGUGGUAUCUAUACCAGCGAACGAAGAUGAGAAGACAUUGGAUUUGCGUUUUGAGUAUGGCAAUGCCACUUACCUAAUUUCGUCCAUGCGACUUGACUGGUAUCAUGCCCGAAAUUAUUGCAAAGUUCAGGGAAUGGAUUUGGUAAGCAUUGAGUCCGUCGGAGAGAACAGUGCCGUCAUGAACGCAGUUAGUGAUAUGUUGACUGAGUCAUUUUGGAUUUCCGGCUCUGAUCUUUAUCAGGAGGGUGCCUUUUACUGGGACUCGACGGGACGGGCCAUUGGGCCCUUCCAAAAUUGGGCCCCUAACGAGCCAUCCGGCGAUCGCAAUGAGCACUGCGUCGAGCUUAACAUCAACGUCAACCACUUGUGGAACGAUGUUAAUUGCGAUCUGGAAAAGCUUUUCAUUUGUGAGAUGAACCCUUGCGUCUGAUGAUGAUAAAAGCUUCAAGCUAUAAUAGAAAGAAAAAAUAAUAUAAUAUAUAAAAAUAUUUCCGUUUGUAAAAAUAAAUAAAGUCUUUUGCAUUUCAUUAUGCCUAU